AUGACUCUUCUGUUGGGCCCUCCACAGCUCUGCGAUUUCAACGAAACUGGAACACAAAAUAAAAAAUUAGUAAGGUGUGGCACAGUGAUCGGAAAGACGGAGAACAGUUUUCAAACCUACAUAUCCUCAGGGGACGCCUUCCUCGACUUUUUCUUCCACGUCGAGCCCUACACUCAAUCUGGCUUGGUAACCCACUUUGUGGCAAACGCAUGGAGGCAAAACCCUCUCAUCGCUUUGAAGCUCAUCUGUCAAUUAAGAGGCAUCCGAGGAACGGGCAAAUCCGACCGAGAAGGAUUCUACACCGCCGCAUGUUGGAUGCAUUCUCACCACCCCAAUACCCUCCUCGCCAAUCUCUCCACCUUUUCACAAUUCGGAUACCUUAAAGAUCUUCCAGAGAUACUUCUCCGCAUACUGCAAGGACCCCAACAGACUGAUCGAACAACAGGGAGCAAACUUGAAAGAAUUGAGUAUUUUGUCCGGAAGGGCACUGCUGCAAGAGAGGCCAAAAAGUGCGAGACUCUCAAGCCCAGAGAAGAGAGGAUUGAAGUAGAUUUGUUAAAAGGAAAGCAGAAGAGCGCAGCAGCAAGGGUUUCGAGGAGGCAAAAAUUGAUGGAAGAUGCAUGGAGAGCCGUCAAGCGUUACUCCAAUGAUUCAAAUUACAGAGCACUUCAUGAUGAAAUAGCCCAACAUUUCGCCAAUUUACUGGAAAAGGAUUUGGAUGCGCUUAAAUUGGGCAAAUUGGAGGACGUAAGCCUGGCCACAAAGUGGUGUCCUUCUCUUAACUCCUCGUACGAUCUUUCUACUCUUCUCUGCGAGAACAUCGCACGAAGGGUUUUUCCUCGUGAAGACUAUCCCGACGUGGUAGAUGAGCGACAUUAUGUCUACAGGGUCCGCGACAGGCUGGGGAAAGAAGUCCUGGUUCUGCUGCGAAAAGCACUGCAGUUACCAGAAGUGUAUAUAAGUGCAAAUUUGUGGAGCGAAUUGCCAUACACCAAAGUGGCCUCCAUUGCAAUGAAGAAUUACAAAAAGCUCUUCCUCAAGCACGACCCAGAAAGAUUUGCCCAGUUUCUCGUAGACCGGUAA